GGUUAAUGGCGGAAGUGACGUAGGGAGAGCGGUGUCAUGGCGGCGAAGAGAAGCGGGGCUGAGCGGUGAUGUUUGGGCAGUGUUCGUGUUUUAUGGUCCAGAGCUGAGAGAUCAUAGGCAUGACAGACAUCCAAGGGGAUAGAUCCAGGAGGAGGUCCUCAUCCUCUUGUGAAGACCGAGGAGGGGAAAAGAGGAAAAGAAAACGCAGUCGGAGCAGAUCAUCCUCUGUGUCUUCCUCUUCCUCCUCAUCGUCGUCCUCACAUUCAUCAUCAUCCUCGUCUUCAGGCUCUUCAUCUUCCAGCAGCAGAAGCAGCUCCAGAAGUAGAGAUGUUAAAAAAUGCAAGUCUAAGAACACCAUUAAAGAAAAACACAAGAAGAAGAAAAGAGAAAAAGACAACAAAGUAAAGAAAAGGAAGAAGAAGAAGAAUUCAGAGGAAGCCAGACCUGUGCAGAUAUCUAAGUUUCUAAAAGAGAAAAAGAAGAAUGAAAACUACAGUAUGAUAACCGGGAAAAGAAUCAAAAUGAAAGUGAAGAAAAGCAAAAAGGACAAAGAGAGAGACAGAAAUCGAGCAGAACUGUUGGAAUUCCUCAAUUCUUCCAUGUGACCGAAUGACCCAAAGGUGUAUCUAGGAUGGUGAACUUCAUGGUGCAAUCUUCUGACAACAUGCAGAAUCUCAUAUUGCCUUUCAUUCCAGAGUACACAAUGCUGAAAACACUUGGCAAUGGGAUUUAAGGUUCAUUAAGACUUUGCACCUUCGAUCCUCCAAGUGCCCAUCAGUAUAUUCUGGCAGCAAGGGGCUGUCUGGUAAAGAAGCCUCCUGUUCUUCCUGAUUAGCACUAGAUGAAGCUUCGAUGUUGCUAGCCAUAUAUAUGGUUUGUCCAGCCCUAGCAGAGCUAUAUAUAUGGUUUGUCCAGCCCUAGCAGAGCUGUAAGAACUACGGGGUUGGAAAUUGUACAACCCAAGGGAAAAUCAGAAAUUGAACAACCCCAAUUGUACAUGUAACAUUUUAUGGGAUCCUCGGCUAUUCGAUUCCAGUUGUUGGUGACCCUGAAAAGAUGCCCCAAAUAGAACCCCUAGGAACUGGAGACCCCAUGGAAAUUUCAAAGGCAAACUAACUAUUGCAUAUUCGGAGGCUGAAAAAAAGUUGAAAAUGUACCGACAGUCAGUACAGAGUAAACUUGCAUUUCCACACAACAUUUUUGAAGCAUUCAUAGAUUUUGGAGAGAACACAUCAGUGCCAAGGGUAGCUGCUGACUGUGGCCAUGCCCAUGUAUCUUUCCCCUAAAGGCAAACGUGGUAGUGGCUGGUUGCUUUAGGCACACCUCUUUUCUCCUGUGAUAUUCACUACUCAGUCCCAGUAGGUAGACUUUGGGACCUAAGUAAAUUGAAUAAACAGAGGGAUGCAAUCAUCAAAGAACCAAUCAUAUCCAACAUUUUGAUGGCUAUAUUACUGUAUGUGAAUACAGACCGUUCCAGUGGAAGGUUCUUUGAUAAGAGAAGACUUUGUAUUCUACAUGUAUCUCUUUUUUCAAACUAAGGAAGUGUUCCGUUUUUAUUGUUGCUUGUGUUCUCAAUCGGGAGAUUCAUUUGUAUUUAUGCUGGCGACUAUUGUCGCUGAGAAAUGAAGGGAAAAUCCAGAAUGCUAGAGUUGUCUCCAGAACAAAAGAAGGGGACAACCCACUAAGGGAGGGUCCUCGGGGGACGGCCCCGCCAGAAUACUUCCAUCAGCACUCUCAGCCAUUGGCAGAGAGCGCUGAUAGAGAGCCGGUCGGCAGACCAUUUUUGGUUAUGCCCCUUCGGCAGAAGCUGGAUGAGCAGACUCCUGUACGCAUGGGCCGAAUGUUGGCCAGUUUCUAUUGAACCGGCCGAUGUUGCCUGAUUCGGCCCAUGUGUACUAGGCUUAACACUCCCCUCCUUCAAGGUUAGCAACGCUGCUGUCCAAAGGUGUCUUGGUUGCUCCUCAAUCCAGAGUGAAGGCGCUCUAAUUCAGGAGGUGUGUUACUGGCCAGAUCACCAGGUGAAAAUGGGGGGAGCCAAAGAAAAGAAAACUGAUGCAGCCACCACAUCCAAUGAUUGGUAAGAUGCAGUAUAUUACGUUUUUUAAUACUGCUUUAAAAAUGGAAGUGAGAAAUCGACCUUACUGGUCCCGUUUUCAUUUAUCAACAUGAGAAUGACUGUUGAUGCCAAGGAGACAGAAGAAAACUGUAAAGUUUUUAUUUUUUUCAAUUUUGUUUUUAUUUUUACAUUUUUCACAUAUUUGGCGUAUGUGGUCAGUUUAGGUGGAAGUCUUAGUGGAGCUUUUUCCGUUUAGGACAUUGUACUGAAAUAAAAUAAGUGUUGGAUUACA